CAAUUGCUCAUGAGCAAAUUCUGUCCUCCCACAUGCCAAAGUAUUUCUCCCCACGCAGAGAAUCCCCAUGCAUCAAAGCCUGCGCUUCCUCUUCAAUCCAAAACAUUUAGCCGAGGGGCGUUCUUCUUUGUCUGCAGAGCCCUCUGCAUAUUGUCCUCAUAACCAAAUAAACACAGCUGCCAAUGGCUCUUGGAGAGACACACUCACACCCCAUAUACGGAGCAAACACAAGAGAAAAAAAAAAAAAAAACCCAAGAAACAGACCCUCUAUUUGGCAGGGCCGAGCCUUCCCUCUGCUCGAGCAGAUACGGUGAAAUCGCACCAUCGGCCUCCCUCUUUUCUCUAGACGGACCACCCUCCGCUGUCCUCCUAGCGGACGGCGAUCGCUUUGUGCCACAGCUGAGCGCAGGAGGCCCGAGCUCCCAAUGAGCGCAGACACAGAGGGAGACUAGAGAGCGAGAGGAGGAGAAUGGAGAGCGUGAACCUGUGGGGGGAACUCGACUGAGACGUCAAGCCGGGUCGUACCUGCGCCUCCUGGACCGCCGCACACACUCGCACAGAUCUUUAGCUUUUUUGGUGAUAAAGAGAGGAGGAACCAUGGGACCUGGAGCCUGGCGCCUGGUUAUUCUGUUCGGCCUGUCCUUGUGGAGCAACAGCCAAGCCCUCACCAAGCACCCUAUCCUCUCCCGGAUCCGAAGAGCUCCAGAGGCCAGCGGUGAAGCCAAGAAGUGCUCCUACACCUUCCUGGUCCCUGAGCAAAAGAUCACGGGACCCAUCUGUGCCGCCCGUGGUUAUUCAACCGACAAGGACCGAGUGACGCGCCUGGACGUGGCUGCCGUGCGAGACCUCCUUUCAAAGCAGCGUCGGGAGAUGGAGACCUUGAGGCUGGUGGUGGAUGUGGACGGCAACCUGGUGAACGAGAUGAAGCUGCUGAGGAAAGAGAGCAGGAACAUGAACUCCCGAGUGACCCAGCUCUACAUGCAGCUGCUGCACGAAAUCAUCAGGAAGAGGGACAACUCGCUGGAGCUCGCGCAGCUGGAGACGCGCGUCCUCAACGCCACCACCGAGUCCUUGCGCUUGGCCUCCAGGUACAGGGAACUGGAGGCCAAAUACGCAGCCCUGUCUGCGGUAGUGAACAACCAGUCGGUCCUGAUUGGGGCUCUGGAGGAGCGUUGCAUGCAGGUCUACAGUCGAAGGCAUGAGCAGCCACCCCUGGGACCUCCACUUGUGCAGGUGGUGCCCGAGAACAUUCCUGUUAACGUGCCACGUUUCACCAAUGAGAUCCAGAGGGACAACACCCGAGCCUUCGGGAGGGGCUCCCGCUCCGGGCCAUCACCCACGGGUGGCACCCUGGAAGUUCAGAAACCUCCACAGAGAAACUUCAGUGCUGAAGGCCCGUUCAGAGACUGUCUGGAUGCACAGGAGGCCGGCCAAAGCACCAGCGGCAUGUACCUGAUCAAGCCAGACGAAACAGAGAGGCCGGUGCAGGUCUGGUGCGAACAGGAUAUAGACAACGGGGGCUGGACCGUGAUCCAGAGCAGGAAAGACGGAUCCGUUAACUUCUUCAGGAAUUGGGAUAACUACAAGAGCGGCUUUGGCAACAUAGACGGGGAAUACUGGCUCGGUCUGGAAAGCAUCUACAAGCUGGGGAGGCAGGGGGAUUACAAGCUGCUUGUGGAGCUGGAAGAUUGGAUGGGCAAGAAGGUCUACGCUCAGUACAGCAGCUUCCAUCUGGAGCCCGAGAGCGAGAGUUACCGCCUGCGGCUGGGAACCUACCAGGGCAACGCCGGGGACUCCCUGACAAGCCACAACGGCAAACAGUUCACUACCCUGGAUCGCGACAAGGACGCCUUCUCAGGUAACUGUGCCCAUUUCCAUAAAGGAGGCUGGUGGUACAACGCUUGCGGCCAAGCCAAUCUCAACGGUGUCUGGUACACCGGAGGUGUCUACCGCAGCAAAUUCCAAGAUGGCAUAUUCUGGGCUGACUACGGCGGGGGCUUCUACUCUAUGAAGACUGUCCGUAUGCUGAUCAGGCCCAUAGACUGAGGAGAUACUUUAAGUCAGGUCGGUCGACGGGCGACUGUGGAGGCCGGGGCAAACUUGAACCUCAUUCUUAAUCGUGACCGGACAGUACAUCGGCACCCUACAUAACAGAACUGCACCAGUGGAGAUUACCAGCCAUCAGGAGUGACUUGUGCUGCCUCCUGUAACAGACAUGGACUCUGAACAUUGCUCUCUUUAUAUUGUAAUAGAUGCACACGUAGGGGGAAUCAGAGGACAUGACUAUUUAUAGUAAGCUAUACUGCUCCUUUAACCAGCAAACACAUGUGACGGUGAAGGGAAAUUAAAGAAUCGCUGCCAAAACUGUGCAGCUAAAUGAUGCAAGCUUUCUAUCUGACUAAGAGACCGCAGUGUUUUCCUCAUUAGUAGGUCACCCCAUGGAGAGGAGGCGCCACGUCCUUACAGAACUUUUGGUAUCGAUUACUCUUAUAAGCUACAGCGUCAUAGAUCCUGAACGCAGCUCCUGCCUCGCCAAGAUAAACAUGUGGGGAAACAUUCGUACAUGGUAUUUAACUUGUGCUGUUGGAAGCUGGAAAAUACGUUUCAUUAAGACCUAUAUAGUUGUAUUUAGACUCUGUAUCCACGUCUAGCUCUGAAAAGGCCUUAAUGAAAUGGAAAGAGCGAGUAUGUCUCAUGUACAUUUGAUUAUACAAAAAAAAAACA